CACCAAUCAACAACGUCCAUAAGAGAAGGAGUCAGAUGGUCUUACCAGUAACAGAGGCAUUAACUCUAACUCCAAUUAUGAAUAUGAUCAUCCUGUGAAUCAAGUAACAAAUAGUGCCUGUUAAGCUGUUAAAGAUUAUGUCACAAUAUUGGCUACCAUCAAGUGGAAGGAAUCCUCGAGUUCCUGGAAAUUUUGCACAGCAGUAUCACACGACAACAAAUAAUCAAGAUGGGUUUAUUCCCCUUGUUUCUUAUACGAAUAUGGAGGUUUACUUUCGUAAUCAGAAUUACCAAAGUAGACCUCCAGCUCAGCAAUAUAAUUUUCGGAUGUCACCAAGACGCAGAGCAGCAGAUAACUUCAGAAGUUUUAAUUAUUCAUCAGUCCAAUGGCCGGGGACAACUAGUUCCCAUUGUCCCUACAGAAGGCGUCCCUUAAGGGAUUAUGAUUCUAGCAGAGCACCGCACUCUCAUAAUCAUGUAGUCAAUGAACCUUUGCAGCCCAAUAAUAGUAUAACAUACAAUGUUAAACUUAAAAGACUUCCAUUCUUUGAAGUCAUAGCUACACUGUUGCAAAUUGAUACAAUAGACAAAAACGGUUGCUUCCAAUCACACUUCAGCUUUCAUCUGAAACCACAUAUAGCUAAACACUUUCAAAAUCAAGAUACUGCAAACAAAUACCAGGUACAGUUAAGAAUAGGCAAGCUUGAUGGCCCCAGUGAACAGGUGGACUACUAUCCAAAUACCCUACAAAUUUUGGUCAACAAUAAAUUUUGUGUUCUUCCAGGGUUUGAGACAGUACCAAGGGGACCAGCAAGACCAGUGGGCAUUACCCAUUUGUGUAAUUUGUCUAACAAUUUUACUAACCAUAUAACUAUAAGGAACACUUCUGAGAAGCUCAAGCUCUUUAUCUAUGUUGUUAAAAAACUUACAUCUGAAGAUUUGGUAAAAAAACUAGAAGCAAGGAAGCCUACAAACCCUAAGGACACAGCCUCUGCAAUUAAAGAGAAGUUGCAAGGGGGCCAGAGUGGAGAUGAGAUUGCCUCUACUACCCUCCAUUGCUCAUUACUCUGUCCAUUGGGUAAGGUUAGAAUGAAACUUCCCUGCCGUGCCUCAACUUGCAGCCAUUUCCAGUGUUUUGAUGCUGUUAUUUAUCUUCAGUUGAAUGAACUCAAGGCAAAAUGGUUGUGUCCUGUAUGUUCUAAAGCAGCCAGUUACGAUGACCUGCAGAUAGAUGGGAGCAAAACCCCAGUGGAAAUUGCGGCUUCACUAUAUUUAAAAGAAGAUAUUGGUACAGUUACAUUAAGUAAUUCAAGAUACUUUAAAGCUGUCUUAAAGGAGAAUGUUAGCAGUGAUAAAAUAGUACUGCAAGCUGAUGGCAGUUGGAAGCCUUUUAUACCAACUAAUAGCAAGCAGCAGCAUUCAAGGAAAAAUGAUAAUUGUGUCUCAGUAGUGGAAAGUGUACAAGUUAACCAGACGGUCAACCUUGACAGUGAUGGUGAUACUUCCAAUAUUGAUUGUAUAGAAAUUGAUACACAAGAUAAUGUUUGUCAACAAAAAGAAUUAAACACGAGUACUGUUGAAAAGGAUAUAUCUUCAGUUGAAACAAUCACACUGAGUGAUGAUGAAGCUCUCGACAGUACUCCCCAGGCCAGCAACAAUCUAACAUGUAGUACACCCCAAAAAUGUACAAUACAAACCAGAAGUUCCAGCUCUACCCCUUCCCUAGAGUACAGUACCAUUGAAGCUUCUCAGCCCAUGAACUUUUCAACCCAUGUGUUUCCCUUAUUCAAAACCUCAAAUAUUACAAGGGGAUCAAAACAAGGAAAACGAUGUAAAAGAAAAUGUAAAGGGAAUAAGGUUAACAAAACAAAUUCCAGCAGAAAUAGCAGCAUGGACAAUUGUGAAAAUAGCAGCAUGAACAAUAGUGGAAAUAGUAGCAGAGUCAGUAAUAUGAAAAUAAGUGAAAACAAUCCUACAAACAACAGUAAUGAAUUUACAGAAGAGGACUUGAGCGAUUGCCCAUCAGAAGACAAUGAUGCUGAUGUUUCCUUUAUUCCAUAUAAAGAUUUUGACCACUGUGGGACACCUCGUACACGUGGCACUACGCGGCAGAAUAUUUUGACGAAGACACGAAAAAAGAAGCGCAUGUCAAACAAAAGGAAGAAAAAAUUAAAAAGAAACUUGCUGAAGAUGGCAGGUAGAAAAGUAUCAAGAAGGAUAUUCUGUAAGAAACUUCAUAAGUAAAAUUUGAGUUGAAUUUGGCAUUUGCCUUAAGCACAUUUUUUUUUUUUUUUUUAAUCAUCCAUACCCAUCAUAUUAUAUGUGAGAAAUCUAAUUUUUGAACACAGCAUUUGGCCCACCAUAUGUCUUCUUCAUGUAUACAGUUGACAGCUGGGUUCAUGUGUAGCAGUGUUUAAUAUAUAAUUUUGUGGGCUUUUACCAUUUAAAUUUUUAAAUGAAAUACCUCUAAAGGACAUCGCUCAAUUUUUUUUUUUUUUUAGGCAUUUACAAAAUAUUACUUUAGUUAUGCGAUAUUUACUUAUUUUUGUGUACCGGAAGAUAAAGAUGUUAAGCCAAUGUUUUUGAUCUUCAAAAAAUUAAUGGAUAUUGAAUAGUACUGAUCACACGGACUAGUGGAGCUCCAGCUUAUACACUCCGCUCCAUAAUUAUACAAAUCAUCAUGUGCCCAAUUAUCUCUUGAAGAACGUUUUUUGUUGUUUAUGUUCAUAUGGAACAGCAGUUUUCAUUAAGUUUUAUAAAUGCAGUGUAUAUAUUUGACUGAAGUGUUUAAAAUAAUGAUAAUUUACUUGUCAGAUUUUCAUAAUUUAGUUAAAGGCAAAGGUAUACUUUAUUUCAAACACACAAUGGUGUUUGCCAAUAUUCAUAGACCAGUCAUAUCCAUACAUAUGUUUAUUUGUAUCUGAUAUCUUUAACAAAAGAUUUAAUAAAAAUAAAGUGUUAAUUUCUGUUUAUUUUUUAAUUGAAUAAAUAAUGAAAGCAU